CUCAGACUUCAAAUUUCCUCCGUUCGCAUGCAAGAUGGAUGAUCCAAAGGAGCUCGAACAGCUACAAGCGGUCGUGCGUCGCAUGGCCGUGCAAUCGCAAUUCGAACACGAUCUGAUUACUGAAAAGAAGCUCGAGCUUCAACAGACCAACAAGGCAGCACGUGCCAAUGAUGUUGUGUAUCAGAAGUAUCUAUGCUACUAUGCAAUGAAGGACUGCCUGCGACUCGUGAAUCUGAUGCAUCAAAAGCUCCCCGUGGAGCUACGCGACUUGGUGUACGAGUUCCUCUGCGUCGAGCCUGAUCGUCCGAUUCCCGUUGGCUCAUACUACCAUUUCCGUAAAUAUGACAAGCCUUUUCACGAUCCAUUACAGAGACUACAUUACGACAACUACGCGCAGCCACGGAUUUCACACAGGUGGCCAUCACCAGCUCCUUAUCGUGCUCUCACCGGUGACACUUCGGACGUCGAUGUGAAAUUGGCGGAAGCCGAUGGUAGCAACGACGUGCAAUUGGGCCUGGAACUCACAGAGCGCAUCGCGAAAUUGAAGUUGACCCAUCGAGUUGAUGAACUGAGUUUGGUCGAGGACAAUGACACCACUGUCCUCCCUGACGGCCGAGUCAAAGAAGUACAUACACACAAGCCACCAAAGGAUAUGCCACUUCCAUCCAGCCAUUUUCUGGACCCCAGAUACGUUGGUGCGGAAGCUGCGUAUGAGAUACAGAAGAUAUACUACGCGCUCAAUACAUUUUCAGUAUGCAGCGUUGAACGAGCUAUAUACAGCUUUUCCGAGAAACACUCUGGCCAAAACAUAGUGGGAUACGACUACGAUGGUACCCCCUGGGAUGUACCGGAGGACGUUCAGACAAAACCACUGUUGUACCCCAGGAACCACAUCAGAAAUCUCCAGGUCCGCGUCAAAUUCGAGCAGUUCGAUGAAGACAUGCAAAGAGAUCACUUCUCAGGUCUCGAUAAGUACUCGUACGAACGACGCUUCCUACGCUUCACUGAGCAAAACUUAGAAGGUCUCGGGCAAUUUCUCAGGGAGCGCUCCAAGCACGAUAUCAAUAUCGAGUUUGUCGUCAUGACUGAGCUCCCAGAUUUCCAAGAUGACGAGCUUGGGUGGGGCGCUCAAUGCAACUACGUGAAUUUCCUGCAAUCCAUUAGGAACUGGGUUUACAUCAUGAAGUAUGACUGUGACAACAUCUCUGUCAAGGUCACGCAUCACGACCCAGUCAUGUCGGCUUUUCCGCGUGAUAUCACAGGGAUAUUCGGGUUGACACAAAAGCAAUGGGAGCAAGAAAAAGCCGUUCAUCAGGACGAACGCGCCUGGGUAGCGCAAUUUUACCUUGCAAUCCCAGGAAUAGAUGCGAACGACAUUUCGUUUGGCUAUCCCGCUAUUGAGUUAGACCAUAUGCUUCGCGAGCGAUGGGGCAUGGACUCGAUUUCAGCUACCCGGGCCACGCUCCCCGUCACAGAAGGCAGAUAUUGGCCCAGUUCCAUCAAUGCGGUGCCUCUUGACCGCAGGUGGGGCUAGAGGGAGUGGAGAAAAGUGAACACCCUAGAGCCUACACUAACGCUAGAUCUUCUAAUCUAGCCUUUCUGUUCCAGUGCAGUCUUCAGACCUGUUCGGUAUUUUCCUUGUCUGAAGUGCAAUCAAUGCUAUCGGCGCUUUCAUGUUCAUAGAUGACGACUACUACUGCCAGACUAGGUAUGGCCUUGUUGUUGUUGUUGUCUGACGUUGCAGCGACCUUCCCUACCGUGACAUUGGGAACACUGAUCUUGUUAGCAUAUCAUUGGUCCACUCGAAUAUUAUGACGAUGAAAUGGG